GCUGAUCUGAAUUCUGCUCCCCCAUCACUUGUGUGUGCACAGACACAGCCCCGUGCACUUCUCAAACAGUGAAAACGAAGGGCAGAGGUGAGAAAUGAGUAAAACAACAACAGUGUUCCCAGCGUGGCACUGGGGGAGCCACACCUGACCCGACCGUGGCUGCCUGCAGCUCAAAUCCUCGAUGCUUUGGGCCGGGUCUGUACCCAAAUCCUUCCAUUCCAGGAACUCCUUCUAAUGCCUUUUGGACCCCAGUCACUCUGCUGUUCCCCUUUUUUUUUUUUUUUUUUUUUUUUUUUUUUUGCCAGCAAAGAAAACGUGAGUUCUUCCAAGGCUGAUGCCCGAUGAGAGCGCUCAGGGAGUCUCCUUAAGGGCUGAACGAUGGUUUCUGCUUCAUCCCAGGAGCUUUCCUGAGGGCUCGGGCCUGGGGAGAACUCGAGUUUUUCCUUUGCUGGCAGAAACGGCAGAGAGGUCCGGUCAGAGAGAGGCGUUUAAGGAACCUCUCCAGAAAUGGGAGGAUUGAGUGCAAGGCGUGAGGGAUCGGCAUUUCGGCCGCCCGCCCGCCGUCGGCUGGGCACGAGGGAUGUCCGAGGGCGUGCGGGCUGGGGACACCCCCCUGUGUCCUCCCCAGACCCCCGCAGGGCGCAGCUCACGCGGGCCCGCCCUGCCGCCUCAGGCCCUUGUGCUGCUGCUGCUGGCGGGGCACAUCCCUGGGCCUGUCCCGGGUCCCGGUCCCGGUCCCGGUCCCGGCCCGGCUCCCCCGCCCGCCCUCAACAAAGAUGGCGCCGCCUGCCCCUUCCCGACACGCGCGCGCCGCCGCCGCGCGCCGCCGGAAGAGGCGCGGCCGGAAGCUGCGCGCGCGAGGGCAGUGGGCGGUGCCGGGGAGCCGCGCGGGAGGGGUCGGGGCGGGCACGCCUUCCCUCCGUCCCUCCGUAAGAGGGCGCUGCGGCACCGGGACCGGGAUCUGAGCUGGGAUCGGCACCCGGACGGGAACCGGGAUCUGAGCCGGGACCGGAGCCGGGGUGUCCUCGCCGCCCUCGGCCCGGCCCCGGGACCGGCAGGAGCCGCACGGUGCCCUUUCCCACAGGAUUUUUGGGGCAGAGCCAUUCCCGACACUGCGUUCUGGAUCCAAACGGGGCUCGUGGGCUGCAGCUCUUCUGAAGGCUUUGUUCUGUCACAAGGUGUGCUGCGUCAUGACAAGAACAGGCUUUUUAAAGCUGUUUGCUUUGAGCUCUCUUGGCACAUUCAGGUUUCCCAAACUGGAAGGAGAAGCCUGGCACUGGUGACCUCCUGAGGCAAUUCCUGGGUGUGGGAUGGAGCGGUGGAGCAGGGCAGACCCCCAGCUCCGAGAGGUCGUGUGGUUCUCCCUGCGCUGCCGGGCCCUGGCGCUGCUGCUGCAGGCCGUGUUUAACCUGCUGAUCCCGGACCACGCUGCUGAUGCCUUCUCUCCGCCGCGGCUGGGCCCGCGGGGCCCAUGGGACACACUGGUGGAGCGGCUGCUGGGCGGGCUGGGCCGCUGGGACGCCGAGCAUUUCCUGUUCAUCGCCGAGCAUGGCUACCUGCUGGAGCACAACUGCGCCUUCCUGCCGCUCUUCCCGCUGGGGCUGCGGCUCCUGGCCGGCCUGCUGCCAUGGCCGGUGCAGCUGCAGCCCCGCAGCCGGCUGCUGCUGGCGGCCACGCUGCUGAACGCGCUGCUGUCGACACUGGCGGCCGCGGCCCUGCUGGCGCUAGGCCGGGCCGUGCUGCGGCGGCCGCGCCUGGCCUUCGUGGCCGCGCUGCUCUUCUCUGUCAGCCCGGCCGGCGUGUUCCUGGCCGCUGCCUACUCAGAGAGUGCCUUCGCCUUGCUGGCCUUCGGCGCCAUGUGGCAGCUGGAGAAGGGGCACAGCUGGCUCAGCGGGCUGCUCUUCGCCCUGGCUUCUGCGGCCCGGGCCAACGGGCUGAUUAAUGCUGGCUUCGUGCUCUACUCGCACGGCAAGCGCUUUGCGCUGCAGCUGCAGGGGGAAUUGGCAUUCCCCGUGUUGUGGAAGCGGGCCCUUAGCCUGGCGUCUUCAGCAGCCCUGCUGUGUGCCGCAAUUUUCCUGCCUUUUGCGGUGUUUCAGUACUAUGCCUACAUGAGGUUCUGCGAGCCUGGCACGGGGCUGGGCCAGACCAUUCCCAAGCCGCUGCUGCAGCUGGCACGGGACAAGGGCUAUCGUGUGGCAGGCGUGGCUGGGGCUAAACCCCCUUGGUGCUCCCAGCGCUUCCCUCUGGUUUAUUCCUAUAUCCAAGACACUUACUGGAACGUGGGCUUUCUAAGGUACUUUGAGCUCAGACAGAUCCCAAAUUUCUUGCUUGCUCUGCCUGUCACCCUUCUGGGCUCAUGGGCUGCCUGGACCUACGUCAGCACAAACCCCCGGCACUGCCUGACUCUUGGCCUAGAGAGGAGUAAGAGUGAAGAGAGGGGGAAGGCAAGAGAUGGAUUCUGUGGCCCUGCUGUCUUCGUGUACGUGGUCCACAGCACGGCCCUGCUGGCUUUCGGGUUCUGCUGCAUGCACGUGCAGGUGCUGACCCGCUUCCUUGGCUCCUCCUCUCCCAUCCUGUACUGGUUCCCAGCUCACCUGCUUCAGGAACACGAACCUUUACUCUGGAGCACAGGAACUGAUAAGCCAGCCUCUGGGAAGUCUCUUCUGGGUAAAUCUCCCAGUUCCUGUGGGAAAGGGACCUCGGACAACCCUGUUGUGAGGCUGCUGCUGAACUGGCAAUCAAUUACCCCCCUCAGCAAGAGCAUCCUGGGGUUCUUCCUGGGCUACUGGCUGCUGGGGCUGAUCCUGCACUGCAACUUCCUCCCGUGGACGUAGCGGGCUGUGCUGGCGGGACAGGAGCUCUGCUCAGAACUGAAACUCACCUGCUCUGAAAGCCUGAGGUGGCUGUGGUGACGCUGUUGUUGCAGUUACAAAGGCGUUACUCCUCCGUUACCAUGUCCCAGGUGGGAUGUUCUCUGUGGCAUGGUGCUGCAGCAUCCUGCCCCACUCAACCGGCAUUGCUGACAGGCAAAGUUUCCAUCCCCUGCCUGGGAUGGGGAAUGCACCUCGGUUCCUGCCUCUCCUGGGGGAGUUUACGGCAGGCACGGAUUUGUGGCAGGAUCGAUUUGGGGAUUCCCUGGGAUGUGUUGUGGGCACGGCAGGAGGGCAGGGAGGGUCCAGCUGCUCUGUGCUGCUCAGACUGUUCCGCUUCUUUUUCCAUGGAGCCAGGCUGGGCAGGGACACGGCGGGGGUGGCGGGCGCUGCGUGGGCACAUGCACGACCCCAAUAAACACGUGAAAGUUACCGGA